AUGGAGGCCGUGUGGAACUACAACACGAUCGUUGACCGAAAGCGCUGGGGUGUUGGCAACACGAUCACCUCCUCUCCAUAUGGUCCCCACGGAGAGCACCCGGAGCGCUGGCGCGCGAACGGCAGCUUCCCCUUCCCACUCAAGGCUCCGACAUCUCCCGUGCUGAACGUCAGCAACUCUCUCGUCAUGCACUUGAAGCCGGAGAAGCGGGAGUACGACAACAAGUAUGCCCAGCAGCUGGCCGCUGACUACGCGUCUUUGAUUGCCAACAUCAAUGAUGCCAGCAAGAAGGGCCAGGAGCUGCGUGCACGUCUUUACAAGAUGGAUGCCUAUGCAGACAAGUUCAUCAAGCUGCCAAGCGGUGUCUGGAACAAGAUCGAUGCCAACAGGUGA